AUGGAGGACAGCGAUAUGCAGCCAUCAACAUCGGCAAAAAGAGGCAGAUAUGAAAGCAAACGUCAGUUAACCAACGAGGAGUUACUGAAUAUCUUAGAAGGGUCAUCAGAUGAAUCGGACGAAGAGAUGGAGUUGGAAAUGUCAAACAGUGAUGACGCUGGAAGCGAUAGCGAUGAAGGGGUUGUGCUUCAAUCUGCAACUGGAACAUCUCAAGUACCUCUCAGGGUAUGGCUAGCGGAUCGUCCAGAUCAAGACAUAAUACCAUUUACAAGAGUAUGCAGACUAAAAGUAAAUAUAGAUGGUAAUCGACCAAUCGACUACUUCAAUUUGUUUUUCACUGAUGAAUUCUUUGACCUUAUAAUUACAAAUACCAACAAUUACGCUAUUGAGAUACUUGCAACCACGGUUUCAGAUAAAAGCAGAAUAACAAGUUGGAAAGAUGUUACCAAGGAAGAAUUAAAAAUAUUUCUCGGCCUUCUUUUCCACAUGGGUACUAUAAAAAUGAAUCGUAUUAACGAUUAUUGGAAAACCCAUUACCUUUUCAAUUUACCUGCUUUUUCUAACAACAUGAGCCGAAAUCGUUUUCUGCUCAUUUUACGAGCAUUACAUUUUAAUGAUAAUUCGGCCCCUGAACAAAACAGAUUAUCUAAAAUAUCUCCACUAAUGAAUUUUUUCAACUCUAAAAUGUCUGAGCUCUACUAUCCUGGUAGGGAACUAGCUAUUGAUGAAUCCAUGGUUCUGUGGAGGGGAAGGCUGAGGUUUCGGCAAUACGUUCAAGGGAAACGACAUAAAUUUGGGAUUAAAUUAUACGUCCUUGCAGAAUCUAAUGGAUUAGUUCAAAAAAUUCUCGUUUACGGAGGAUCUGCAGAUCCAAACCUAGGUGGUAACAAACAUACAGAAAAAGUUGUCCAUAGUCUAUUAGAAGACAAAAAAGGUGUAGGACAUUCGGUUUAUAUGGAUAGUUUUUAUAAUAGUGUCGCAUUAUCGGAAAAAUUACUUCAGGAGAAAACAUACACCACAGGCACACUUAGAACAAAUAAAGUUGGAAAUCCAGAAGAAGUUAUUUCUAAAAGGUUAAAAAAAGGAGAAUGUAUUUCUCAAUAUACAAACGAUGGACUCUGCGUCAGUAAAUGGAAGGACAAGCGUGAUGUUCUCACUAUUUCUACGGAAUUUGAUAGUGAAAUGGUCAAUGUGAUUUCCAAAAGAGGAAUAGACAAAAGAAAACCAAAACUGGUAGCUGAGUACAAUAAAUAUAUGGGUGGUAUUGACCAAAAUGACCAGAUGCAAAGUUAUUAUUCUUGUGAACGCAAAACACUUCGUUGGUACAAGAAGUUGGGGAUCCACAUUUUCCAAACUAUGCUUGUAAACUCUUACUAUUUAUUCAAAAAAUUUGCCGACCGGAAAGCAAGUUUUUACGAUUUCAGAUUAGCUAUUAUGGAAUUCUUGCUGCCACCUGCUCCAAAAGCACAACGACCUACAAUGAUUUCUCAUCUCCCAGAAUAUUGCUCAAAAGAUUUGAAAGGAAAAGCGAAAAGGCGCAGAUGUAAAUAUUGUUGGGAAGUGAAAAAAUUACGGAAGGAUUCUACAUAUUUCUGUCCACAAUGUCCGAACGAACCUGGACUUUGUCUCACACCUUGUUUCCGAAAUUUCCAUGAACGUAUGUAG